CUGCACUCUCUGGCACUCUUGUGCACUCUCUUGCACUCUUUUACACUCUCGUGCACUCUCUUGCACUCACUUGCCACAAAGAAAAGGGGAAAACUACAAGCAGAUCUCAUCUCAUCCUCUCAAGAUGCAAAAGUGCAACUGUCUGUUAUUGGUAUCUCUAGUCCUGUGCGCUACAAUCUCCCAGACAUUUGGACUUGUUUUAACAGGAAAAGAAAAACGUGGCUGGACGCUGAACAGUGCAGGAUACCUUCUAGGGCCACAUGCAGUCGAUAAUCACAGAUCUUUCAGUGAUAAACAUGGAGCUGGAAAACGGGAGGUCCUUGCAGAAGAGAACACAGAGUCAGGCAGUUUUAUAAGAACCCUGACCGACGAAAAUGUUAUCCGCACAUUGAUUGAGUUUCUGACUUACCUACAUCUAAAAGAUUCCGGAGUCUUGGACAAUUUAAUUGCCCCCGUGUCAUCGAAAGGAACGAAUCAGUAACAAAGACAUUGGCCAAUUUGUAAUUGAUUCUAUAGAAAUGACAUUUUCAGUAUCAUUAUCCAAAAUCUUUAUUUUGUGUAAUGUUCAUCAUGUUGCACUUCUAUAAAUAAAUAAAUCCCUAUGAUAAAACGCUGUAUUUUUGCUUCAGAUAAACUAUACAAUAAAUUCAUUAGUUAUUAGUAUUAGCAGGUUCAGAUUACUGGGUUUA